ACCAUGUCCUGGCUCAGCAACCGCACCAACCCCCCCAACCCCAAACCCUUCCCCUCCCAACCCGCCUAUCCCACAACCGCGCCUCACCCCGCCCUCCCCACCAUCACCAUCACCCCCACAAACCCACUAACCAACCUCCCCCUCGUAUCCCACGCCGAAUGCAUGCACCUCCUCAAAGCAGCCCGGAUCUCGUACACGCACACGUACAUGGCACUGAAGCAGCACGUGUACCAUGAUCUGGCGAGUGCAUGCGGGACGGCACUGAAUCAGCUGGAGAGUGUGGGGGAAGAGGGGGAUUGGAAGGGCGUUAUGGUGCGGUUUGAGUGGAAGUGCGGGAAGUGUAGGGAGAGGGCGGCGAUGUGA